AAGACUUUGCCGAGGGCUUUUGGGCCUUUGCCGAGGGUUUCCGGCUCUCGGCAAAGAAAGCAAAUCCAGUAGUGAAGAAGGUACAUAGAGGCGUGUCUCGCCGGGCCACGCGCGUUCUUGGCGCCUCGCGGCAUGCAGAUGCAGACGACACAUGGUCCAAAAAUACAUAAAUGUAUGUAGUAUUGUGCGUGCGUGGAGAAGGUUGCAUAUUCACAGUAACUCUUAUCUCUUGUCUUGCCGACGGUUUUGGAUCGGCAUGGCAUGGCCUCCCUCGCUUUGUUUGGACCCCUUCUGUUCCUGCUCUCAGGGAAUAAUAAUAUCGAUCUGUUUGCAUUGCAGUUGCAGUUGCAGACUUGCAGGCACGACAGAGUAGUUUUUAUUAUUAAUGGUGAAACGUUUUACACGAUCCCAUGCAUGCAAUCAUUCCGGCCGUUCCAAUGAUGCAUGGUCCCGCCCGUCUUUGUUUACUUGUGAUCACCAAUGGAAACAAAGGGCGUGCUUAAUUCAUCAGUUCUUCAUUCAUCCAGGUAACGCAACGAUGAGCCAGUCUGAGAUUUAAUGUCGUGCGGUAAAGUUUAUUUUGUCCUUAAAAACAUGAUUAUGCCUUCGUAUAUAUAUACCAUCGGACUGUCCGGUCUCUCCAUAUAAUUGUACAGUACGUACUGUAGUGUUUGUCCGAGCAUGCAUGCAUGGCGCCCCCACAAAAAUAUCGGACACGUACAGGUGUCGAUCCUACACUGAACGCACGCGAGAUGAAGCCACAAGAAUCAGUCGGCUCGACUCAGAACUGUUUUCGGAGCAAGUGCCCAAUGAUGCAGCAUCUCUCGCUCCAAUUCCGGUCCAUGUCCAAUGCAAGCAGCUGCCUUCUUUUUCCCCUAGCCUAGAUAUAUAUCUAUAAAGAGGCCAAGCUGCCCAUCGCUCACGAGUCACGAGCACUGCUCGCCAUGGUCGUCCUCCUCCAGCAAAAUAUCAGCGCUAGAGCAGACCCUACUUGUACUACUACAUUGCAACAGCGUCUUGCAUUGCGACGUUUGCAAUAUUCAUUGGCAAAUCGAGUUCGUUACAGCAGGUACCUCCGUCUAGGACUAGGUUGGUAACUAGUAGGACUACCAAGCUAGCUAGGCCGGCCUUGACCAUGUCGCGCCACCGGCGGCAGCCAUCCCGCGCGCUCCCUCUCGACUUCAACGUCGACGGCGACGAGGAGGUGCCACCAGCGGCAGCCAAGGGCGGCGCCACGUCGUCGGUCGACGGGAGUCAGCAGAACCCCCGUGCCGGUGGCAGCGGGGACGGUGAUGCUGGCGGCGGGGCUGGCAAAGGCCAGGAAGGGCAGACGACGAAGAAGAAGCCGCCGCCGGCCACUUCUGGCAGCCGGUCUCAGUCGGAUCCGGAUGGGACCGGCGCCAACAAGCCGCGGCACGACGACGGCACCCGUGGUCGUUAGUGUCCAAAAGACCGACGCGGCGGCGGCUAGCAUUAUAUAUGUUGGUCUGCACUUACGCACGGUAUCUAUAUUUUGAUCCAUUCCAUUCCUAUGUGUGUCGUCCUAGCUCCAUUCCUAUGCAUGCUCGAUGUGGUCAUCGAUUUGCUGCUUAUGCUAUUAGUGUCAUCACGGUGAUUUCAUUAGUUCGGAUUAAAGAAAACAGCUGUGUUUGUUUGAAUGUAAGCAAACUUCCCUUUGCCCUCGAUGGGGUUGUUGUUUGGUUUCUUUACUCAGAAUCGUCUUACCUUCUUGCUGAGUAGGACAAUAUUGAAGAGGAGAUUUUGCGACCCUUA